AUGGUUGAAGAAGAUUCAUUAACAAAAUUACUUCAAUCAUUACAAGAUCCCGCACCUCAGUACGUAUUAGGUUGCGUACCGGCUAUAGCAACAAUAGGAGCAGCACCAGAUAACGGGUUAACAAAUAAAUUAUUAUGGAUAUUACGAUGUCUUGGUUGUCCAUUUACCGGAUUAUUUUAUACCUGCAACAUAGGUAGUGACCCAAUAGCAAUGAGUACAUACUGGCUCACAUCGGACCAUUUUAUGAAAGACGGAUAUAAAAUUCCCUACAGACCUUUUGGUCAUUAUACUAUGAAAAUAGCGAUAGAUGAACAGGAUAAUACUGUUGUUAAAUUACUCAAGGAAUGUAUAGCGGAAGCAUCUGUGCUAGACAGAUUAUCGUCAUUGGCAUCCGCGUACUAUAUAUUUCUCGGUAUAUUUUCAGGAAUAACUAAGGCGAUACGUAUAGGACAAUGCACUGGAGAGGAUUGGCCAUAUCUACCACUGGCAUUAGCCUGGACAUUUCCAGCAAUUUAUAGGAGGGUAUCUAGAGGGAGAAUGGUAGUCAACGACCCUAGACAAGUAUUAGGAAACAUGUAUUUAGUUGUAAAAGACCUCCCACACAAUGAGAGAAGUUCUCAAGAUGCUCAAGUUAUAAUCACUUUUGUUUUAUUCUCAGUGAUCAUCCCUUGGAUGUCAGUACUUCUUGCCUAUUUCACCCGUCCAGUGGGAUAUGGCUGUCGAGCCAAAUAUCUCACAGUAUUGUCUUCUAUUUGGUCAUUUAACAGUUUUAUCGCAUACAUUUCCCAUAUUUCAGGAGAAAAAUUCGUAGGGGGCAAUAGAUACGUUAAUGGAUGGUUUUGCCUUUGUGGUGUUAUAAUAUCUAUACUUUUAAUUUUACUAGGUCUGCUAAGUCAUACAAAAUCUUGGUGGGGAGAUCUAUUUGGAGAAAAAUGUAGUGUUACAUGUAUUAAUUAA